UGAUUUUAGCACUCAUUUGUCUUUCUUUGAUCCGGUGCUUGAAAUCGUGUCAGAACCAUUCAACAAGGAAAAUGGAAGAAAUGGAAUGAGACAGGACUUUGUGUGUGUGUGUGUGUGAAUGGUCACCAUCCUGAAAUUUCACAAGGUUCUUUCCAUGUAUUUUCAUGCAUCCUGCUUAUCACUUGUGAGAAGUAAAUGCUUAAAGUCAACGAAGAUAAAAGAAUAAGUUUAUGAAGGUGACCAUGAGAAUUUAAAAUAGAAACUGUCAAGAGAGGUUACCUUGGAAGAUUGCAACUGGGUGGAGAACCAUGAGACUGCAUUUACCUUAUCAUAUUUACUUCUUUUGGGGACUAUGGCCUCAUUGGAUUCUGUAUACACUCCUCACCAACAAAUGCACUGUGAGACAUGAAGAAGCUGACUGCAGUCAUCUAAAGUUGGACUGAAAUACCUGACGGAUCAUCCCAACAAACAUAACCACUGAAUCUUUCCCAUAACAACUCAGAAGAUUGCCCCCUGCCAAUUUUACAAGAUAUAGCCAACUUGCAAUCUUGGAUGGAGGAUUUAAUUCCAUUUCAAAACUGGAGCCAGAAUUGUGCCAAAAUCUCCCUUUCCUGAAAAUUUUGAACCUCCAAACAAUGACGCUAUCUCACCUUUCUGAUACAACCUUGGCCUUCUGCUUGAAUUUGACGGAGCUCCAUCUAAUGUCAACUCAAUCCAGAAAAUUCAAAACAACCCUUUUUAAAAACCAGAAGAAUUUGAUCAAAUUAGACCUGUCCCAUAAUGGUUUAUCAUCUACAAAAUUAGGAACCCAACUCCAACUGGAAAAUCUCCAAGAGCUUCUAUUAUCAAAUAAUAAAAUCCAUGCACUAAGAAGUGAAGAACUUGAUUUCCUUGGCAAUUCUUCUUUACAAAAAUUAGAGUUGUCAUCAAAUCAAAUUAAAGAGUUCUCUCCAGGUUGUUUUCAUGCAAUUGGAAAACUGUUUGGCCUCUUUUUGAACAAUGUCCCGGGCUCCAGUCUCACAGAAAAGCUGUGUUUAGAAUUAUCAAGCACCAGUAUCCAGAAUCUCUCUUUGAGUAACACCCAGCUGUACAGAACCAGCAACACGACUUUCUCUGGACUCAGACGGACAAAUCUCACCAUGCUCGAUCUUUCCCGCAACAACUUAAAUGUGAUCGGUAACAAUUCCUUUGUUUGGCUUCCACAUCUGAAAUAUUUCUUCCUGGAGUAUAAUAAUAUACAGCAUUUGUCUUCUUUCCUUUAUGGACUUUCCAAUGUGAGAUACCUGAAUUUGAAGAGAUCCUUUAACAAACAAGGUAUUUCCCUUGCUUCACUUCCCCAGAUUGAUGACUUUUCCUUUCAGUGGCUAGAAUGUUUGGAGUUCCUUACCAUGGAAGAUAACAAUCUUCCCGGCAUCAAAAACAAUAUGUUCACGGGAUUGGUAAAUCUGAAAUACUUAAUUCUAUCCAACUCGUUCACAAGUUUGCAGACCCUAACAAAUGAAACAUUUUUAUCACUUGCUCAUUCUCCUUUACUCUUAUUCAACUUAACCAAAAACAUCUCAAAAAUCGAGAGUGGUGCGUUCUCUUGGUUGGGCCACCUAAAGGUGCUUGACCUGGGCCUUAAUGAAAUUGGGCAAGAACUCACAGGCCAAGAAUGGAGAGGUCUAGAAAAUAUUUAUGAAAUCUACCUUUCCUACAACAAAUACCUACAAUUGACUAGCAACUCCUUUGCGUUGGUUCCGAGCCUUCGUCAACUCAUGCUUCGGAGGGUAGCCCUGAAAAAUCUGGACAGCUCCCCUUCGCCUUUCAGCCCUCUUCAUAACUUGACCAUUCUGGAUCUAAGCAACAACAAUAUAGCCAAUAUAAACGACGAACUGUUGAAGGGUCUUGAGAGACUAGAAAUUCUGGAUUUGCAGCAUAACAAUUUAGCACGAUUGUGGAAACAUGCAAACCCUGGUGGUCCUGAUUUUCUGAAGGGUCUUUCUCACCUCCACAUCCUGAACUUAGAGUCUAAUGGCUUUGACGAAAUCCCAGUCAAGGUGUUCAAGGACUUAUUCGAACUCAAAAGCAUCAAUUUAGGACUGAAUAAUUUAAAUGUACUUCCACCCUCUGUCUUUGAUGACCAGGUGUCUCUCAAGUCCCUGAACCUUCAGAAGAACCUCAUAACAUCAGUUGAAAAGAAUGUGUUUGGGCCAGUUUUUAAGAACCUGAGUAACUUAGAUAUGAGCUUUAACCCAUUUGAUUGUACCUGUGAAAGUAUUGCCUGGUUUGUUAAUUGGAUUAAUCAGACCCAUACUAACAUCUCUGAGCUAUCAAGUCAUUACCUCUGCAACACUCCACCUCAAUAUCGUGGAUUCCCAGUGAUGCUUUUUGAUACGUCAUCAUGCAAAGAUAGUGCUCCCUUUCAACUCCUGUUCAUGAUCAAUACCAGCUUGAUAUUGAUUUUUACCUUUAUUGUACUGCUCAUCCAAUUUGAGGGUUGGAGGAUAUCAUUUUAUUGGAAUGUUUCAGUACACCGAGUUCUUGGUUUCAAGGAAAUAGAUGGACAAGCAGAGAAGUUUGAAUAUACAGCAUAUAUAAUUCAUGCCCAUAAAGAUAGAGAUUGGGUCUGGGAACACUUCUCCUUGAUGGAAGAAAAAGACCAAUCUCUCAAAUUUUGUCUGGAAGAAAGGGACUUUGAGGCAGGUGUCCUUGGACUUGAAGCAAUUGUUAAUAGUGUCAAAAGGAGCAGAAAAAUUAUUUUUGUUAUAACGCAGCAUCUAUUAAAAGAUCCAUUAUGCAAAAGAUUCAAGGUGCACCAUGCAGUUCAGCAAGCAAUUGAACAAAAUCUGGAUUCAAUUAUAUUGAUUUUUCUUGAGGAGAUCCCAGAUUAUAAACUAAAUCACGCACUCUGUUUGCGAAGAGGAAUGUUUAAAUCUCACUGCAUCUUGAACUGGCCAGUUCAGAAAGAACGGAUAAAUGCCUUCCAUCAUAAAUUGCAAGUAGCACUUGGAUCCCGAAAUUCAGUGCAUUAAAUUUAUUUAGAGACUAAAUUAUCUAAGGGAUAGUUUUUCAAUUUAAAAAGGAUCAUGGUAAAUUUAAGUUUUACUUGAAAGUAAUCUGGUUUUCAUAUGUACGGGUAAUGGUGUUACAUUUCAGUUCUAGCUCCUCCAUGGAAAUGUAUUUCCCGGUUUCAGGUCUUAUGUUGACAACUGAUUGAUCUAACCCAAAUAAAUAUCUAAUAAGAACCUUCCCUACAAACCAAUGCAUAGUUGAUCAUUGAGACCCAUCACAACUUGAAGUCAUUUAAAAAUAAUCCUCAUUUUUAGAAAGUUAAAGUUACAUGCGAUUUUGGAAUAAUUAUUGUUGGAUGUACUUUGAAAGAUAUUUGCUCUAAUGGACAUCAGGCUAUUUCAGUUGCAGAGGUGUGAAAGUUUAGAAGAGCUUAGUUAUAUUGUUUUUUCAGUUCAACUUUGUAUUUUAGUAUCCCCCUGUUGCUUUGUUCAAUGUGAAAAACCCUUUUAAUUUGCAUAGCAGGGGCAGAAAUCCUUUUCAAUUGAGUUUGGGUUAUUCAUGAAAUAAAUAUUGCAAGAAAUAGUUGCUUAUAUUUUCCCAAUACUUUGUUUCUGCUCCAGGAGAGUAGAAACAAUACUACUACUUAAAAUAUUGUAGAAAGGUUUACUCCCUAAAGGUUAGUCAGUAAGUAGAUUGACCUUGUGGAAACGAAAAUUCUCUUCCCUGGUCACAGGCUCAAGAGAUGGUACUGGUCAAAUCGUUUGGUUCUGCUGGGAUUCUUUGAUUCCCAAUCUUAAAAAUUAUGAUGAUAAACAAGAAGUUAAGUGAUGAUGAGCAUGAUAUAAUAUAUUUACAUGGGAUGUUUUAUUGUACCAUAAGAUAAUAUGCUAUAUGUAAGUUAGUCCCUAACUAUCUAUAAAGAGUAUUAUUUUGUUUUAUUUUUGUUUCAUGAUAAAACAAAAACUCUAGGCUUGUUUUACAAAUAAGAGUCCAAUUGUUAGAAAUAGAUGUGAAAAGUGUUUUGGAAUAUUCAUAGUUCUGGUUAUUCAAAUAUAGGAAAGAAUUGAAGUUAAAAUGCUACUUUCUGCACUUGAAGUGCUCAUUUGUCUGUUGAAUUUAGGAAGCAUAUGAGCUAUCACAUUUUAAUUUGAAUACUUUAGUAUUCUCAUGGCUAAAUUCAUAUGAACUUGGAAUAAAUAAGAUCCAUAUUACCACUGGUUCUGAGAGUGUGCACUGUGAGCAUAUGGAGGAAUGAUUUUUACUUUCACAUUAUUUGCCAGCCUAACACUCAGACACUUGUUUUAUAGCAUUUUAGAUAAGAUUUGUUUUUAACUGAUAUAAUCCUGUUUUAUUUUGACAUCAUAAGAUCAAAAUUACAAUUCCUUGUUUUCUUGAUACACUUUGUAUGUUAUCUACCAAAAUUCAUAAUUCUCCAUUAAAAUAUUUCUAAAUAAAUUAUUUGUUGAUUUGUGAAGAGCAGGGCAGGAAAUAAUUUUGCUUUAUAUUUUGUGUACUUCAAGUACAGUUGAUCAAAUGGCACAACUUAAAUUGACUUCAAAUGCAAUUUUUUAUAAAGUUGCUUUAAUAUUUAAAAGGUUAAGAUAUCCAAAGAAUGACUUGUUUAAAUGAAUACAGAUAAAACUAACAAAAGGUGUAAACCUGACUUGUAUUUGGCCCACACAGGAAGCAACGUUUCUAAACUUCUCUAGGAUGCCUUUUAUAAUUGUUCUCCGGGGGAGUCCUUGUCCCCUGGGUUCAAGACAAGGGGAUUGCAGAAAAAGAUGUUUAUUGACCUUCUGUUUACUUGCCACAAGUGACUUGCCUUGUUUGAAGAAUCCAGGGUGCCACCAUGUAAUCUGAUUACUCCAAGGCCUUCCUAUUUUUUCCUGUGUAAAAGGAAACCGAACUGGGUCAGCCUUGAGUUUAAAAUAAAUCUCAGUAUUUAAAUUUUACCUAAAAAUGAUACCUUUCAGAUUGUGAUAAAUCGUUGUAAAAGGAACACCACAAUAAAUGAUGGUAACCAUUAGAAUGUAAAGAUACUUCGAACCAAGGUGUACUUCUGGCAAUGUAUAGGGACAAAACAGAUUGGUGGUUGAGUGGGCCUGGGCACAGGUAU